CUGCUCAUACUCUUUCCUUUUCUUUUCCUUUUAAAUUUAAGCUGUCCAUUUUCAAUCAUACCUCAAUUUCGUAGCUUGUUUUCUUGCCUUGGCUUAUUUUUACGUUAUAUGUGCAGGAUCAAGGAACGAGCGCUGAACUUCCCGAUGUAACACACUGAAGAGAGUGAAGCAGACAGAGCAGAGCCACCUUGUCUUCAAGAUGCAGCAGUCAGCGACUAAAAAGAAAGCAGAUUUGAAAGUGAUCAUUCUUGGUGAUACUAGUGUUGGAAAAACCUCAUUGAUCCAAAGAUAUCUUAAUGGAGUCUUUACAGGAGAUACUAUCAGUACUAUUGGAGCAUCUUUCUUUCUAAAGCAGUGGGGACCAUACAAUGUUGCCAUCUGGGACACGGCAGGUGAAGAGAGAUACUCAGGCCUGUCUUCAUUUUACUGUCGGGGCGCUUCAGCAGCUAUUCUAGCUUAUGACAUUUCACAGGGCAAAUCUCUUCGCGCGCUAAGGGAGCGCUAUCUACAACUGCUGGACGCAUCCGAACCAAACUGUCUUGUAGUGGUAGUAGGCACAAAAAAAGAUAUUAUAACGAGCAGUUCUCGGGAAAUUCCAUCCUCCGCUGGCGAAAUAUUAGCUUUGGAACUAAAUGAAAAGAAGGGAAGACCUACUGGUAGUUUCAACGAGAAACCAUUCUUUGAAACGAGUGCAAAAUCUGGUGAAAACGUUCAGAAAGUUUUUGAUUUUAUAUUGAACACCUGUUUGCCUUUGGACGAUGAAGAAACUGCAAAGAGGUUAUUGCGACAAACGACGGGCAUUGAUCUUGAAAAUAAGUCACAGACGCAAAACGAAAGUACGAAGAAAUGCUGCUGAGAAUAUCCAAAGCCACAAUCCUAACCUAGGUUUCGAACGAUUGGAAAUGUUAUUCAGGGAAUGGAAAAUAAUUAACUCUGAUGAACUCUGCUUCUCAUACCACGAUCAACUGGUAACUUUUUGAUUGCAAGCAAUUUUUCUUAAAAUUUCUUUUCUUUUGAUUGAAUGAAAAGAGUCUACGGCAACUGGGACAUCGGUUGUUGCAGAAAAGAUCCUCUACGAAGUAGCCCUAUUUUGCAUCUGAUUUUAUCUAGAGACGGUUCUGCUUGGCAUAAGAUGGUGGUUGGUGUGGGCCUUUGCAGGCAGGCAGUAUGAUAGAGAGGGGCCUGUGUUUCCUAUUAUAAAGCGACGGCUCUUUCAGGUUAUACGUUAAAGUUUGUAACCUCUGCCCCCUUCUCAAUAGCGAAACAUGUUUGGUUCAACAGAGUUUAACCAAGGAUAUAUGUAAACAGUUUACAUUCUCUUGGUUUAACAGAAUGAGAAUUCGCAAUAGAAAAUGGAAAACCGAAGUUUACAUUUGGUUCAAGUAACACUAACUUUUGUAAUUUGAGGUCGACAAACAUAAGUUCAAGCAACUUCUAUGAAGAAACCAAUAGAAAGCCGCAUUUGACAGAGCAGUUUAAAAACUUAUUUUAGCUUUGUUUUAGCUUUGGUGUUAACAGUAUAUGAGUUUACCCAGUCCAACUGCUUAAAUUCAUUCACCAAGACUUACUUGACCUGUGUACCUCGCACUACUGAUUUAGACUCAAGCCCGUAUCGGUCCGUGCUUCCAUCUUCUCCAUCGCAAGAAAGCGAAGAAAACUGAACAAAACAACGGACUGAAUUGACCCUUCAUGAUAAAUGGGACGGACGCUGGUACACUCAACUUUUUACGCAGAAUCUAAACAGAAUCUAACAUUUCUCUCGAGAAAAUCACG